UUUGAAACCGACUUAAAUAUAAUCAAGAGAUACUCCUCUUACAAAGACUUGCCAGGAGUUAGUCAUGCUGAUGACUUGUUCUAUCUCUUUUAUAAUAACCUUAACAAGGAGGCAUAUGACAAUCAACCGAAGCUGAGAGAUAUUGCGUAUGAAGUGACCAAGCUAUGGACUGAUUUUGCUAAAUAUGGUAACCCCACACCCGAUGACAGUCUGGGAGUAAACUGGCUGCCGUACACGCCAACAGGCAAGGAAUACUUCAACAUACAAGACAAAUACUCCGUCGGGAGGUUCGCGGACCAGCGGCGAAUGGAGUUCUGGGACCAGAUCUACAAAGAGGCCGGUCUGCCGCAUAUUGGAUAAUAAGCAUAAUGUAGAAUGUGAAUAAAUGUUUGAAAUUCAA